GGCCCCUCGUCGUCCAUCCCAUGGAGCAGAGAAUUCUCUCCCGCUCUCUCUCCUCUUCCACUUUCUCGCUCUUUUCUUUCCCCACUCACUCCGCAAUAGAGGCUUCGACCUCUCUCUUUCUCUCUCUGACUGGCUUAUGGCCGCCCUUCACAAAAGAAACGGGGACACAUCCUAGGGCUUACUUCUCCUCGAUGAAGCCCUAGAAUCGCCCCCUCUCCUUGUAUAUCAGAAGUUUUCUCCUCGAUCUUUUCAUUUUUAUUACAUUUACCAGCGAUCCGAGGUAGUGGAUCGCGAGAUGGAGCUCGAGGUCGUCGUCAAGCGGGACAUCGAGCACGGAGGGGAGAAAUCGAGCCCCACGGGUCCUGCCCUCGUGCUCUCCAACUCCGGCAAGCGGAUGGACCAGGCCGGGACGCCGAAGAAGUACGUGAAGCAGGUCACCGGCAAGCACAACGACACCGAACUCCACCUGGCUGCCAAGACGGGGGACCUCGCUGCCGUGCACAGGGUUCUUCACGGGAUAGACGAGCAGAUGGUCUGUGCUGACGGCCUGGGUGCCGACGCGGAGAGGGCGGAGAUUCGGGCGGCCGUGGUGAACGAGGUGAACGAGCUCGGGGAGACGGCGCUGUACAUCGCGGCGGACAGAGGAAGCUUGGAUAUGGUGAAGGAGCUGCUGAGUCACUCGAGCAGGGAGAGCGUGGCGAGGAAGACGAACGCGGGAUACACUGCGCUGCAUAUCGCUGCGAAGAAGGGAUACCAAGACAUUGUGCAGGUACUCUUAGACCAGGAUCCUGAACUAAGCAAAACAGCUGACCCAAAACAUGAGACGCCUCUAAUAGCAGCUGCAACAAUGGGGCACGUGGAGGUUGUCAAUGUAUUACUCUCAAAAAAUUCUGCACUUCUAGAGAUCUCUAGAACAAAUGGUAAAAAUGCCUUGCAUCUAGCAGCACGCCGAGGCCAUAGAGAGGUUGUAAAAGCAUUGCUGGAGAAAGAUCCACAGCUAGCCAGAAGAACUGACAGAAAAGGACAAACAGCAUUGCACAUGGCUGUGAAAGGAACCGACUGUGAAGUAGUAAAGAUGCUUCUUGAUGCAGAUGCAGCUAUUGUAAUGUUACCUGAUAGGAAUGGCAAUACUGCUUUGCAUGUGGCAACACGGAAAAAGAGGGUAGAGAUAAUGCAUGAGCUGCUAGUUCUUCCGGACACCAAUGUAAAUGCUCUGAACAGAGCUCACAAGACAGCAUUUGACAUUGCAGAGGAUCUGCCGUCUUCAGAAGAAGCCACUGAAAUAAAGGAAUGUUUGCAACGAUUCAAUGCACUUAGAGCUAAUGAGCUCAAUCAGCCAAGAGAUGAGCUGCGCAAGACUGUUACUGAGAUAAAGAAAGAUGUCCGUACCCAGCUAGAACAGACUAGGAAAACCAAUAAAAAUGUAGAUCGUGUAGCCAAGGAAUUGAAAAAGAUGCACAGGGAAGGGAUAAAUAAUGCUACAAAUUCUGUUACUGUGGUUGCUGUUCUUUUUGCCACAGUUGCAUUUGCUGCCAUUUUUACUGUUCCGGGUGGAAAUCUCAAUGAUGGCCGAGCAACGGCGGGUGGUGCUGCUGCUUUCAAGAUUUUUUUCAUUUUCAAUGCAGUUGCUCUUUUCACAUCGCUGGCGGUGGUGGUGGUUCAAAUUACCUUAGUGCGAGGGGAAACGAAAUCAGAAAGGCGGGUGGUCGAAGUGAUUAACAAGUUGAUGUGGCUGGCUUCAGUCUGCACAUCUGUAGCAUUUAUUGCCUCCUGUUACAUUGUGGUAGGACGGCACUAUGAGUUUACUGCCGUCAUUGUAACUCUGAUUGGAGGGCUGAUAAUGGGGGGUAUCUUGUGCGGCAUGACAUGUUUUGUCUGUAAGUCCAAGCGGAGUCGAUCACUUAGGAAGAGGGAGAGACUGUUGUCAAGGAGGAGCAUCUCUCGCUCAUGGCCGCGCCAUUCCGACGUGUCUGCUUCAGAUGUAGAUGCAAUUUAUGCGAUAUGACCAGGUAUUAGCGGUUGUCGGGUGUCUUGAUAAAAUUAUCAAGAUGGUGUCCAUGGCCAGUUGCUUUGUCUGGUAAAUAAUUUGUAUUUGUAUGGAGCAUUGUUCAAGAUGAUUGGCAUUUGGCACAUGUAAUCAUCAACUAUAGCAUCUCCAUUUAAAGAGCCCGAAAUAACUGAUAUAAUUCUAUACAAGCAACUGUUUUCCAGGUCAA